AGAGGAACUCUGCUUUUAUCUUGGAUGCCUUUACAGGCGGUGCGUUCAUUGUAUUCCCUUCAUCGAUUACCACUACGACGUCUUUCAUCUGCAUUCUAUACCACUGGCCCUCUUCCAAGAAAAAUGGCUACCCUAGAGUCUCUGAACCAGGAGAUCGCGGCGCAAAGUGCUCACCUGGUCGAGCUUCGCAAACAACAAGCUGAAGGGUCGAUCAUGGACGAGGCAAAGAAGAAACUGGGAGAACUGAAGAAAUCACUAGCUCUUCUACAGGGUGCUGGAGGAUCGAGGGAUGCUUCGAAGAAAAAGGAGCGAUUGCUGCUGAAGACAGCCAAGGGGACGCGGGAUUAUGGACCCGGCGAGAUGUUCUGUCGUGAACACGUCGAGCGCAUUGUUAAAGAAUGCUUCACCACAUAUGGAGGCAGCUGUCUAGAUACCCCGGUUUUCGAACGCAAGGAUAUUCUCGCUGGAAAGUACGGAGAGGAUGCCAAGUUGAUCUUCGACCUCAAAGACCAGGGAGGUGAAGAGUUGGCUUUGCGAUACGACCAUACUGUUCCUUUGGCGCGAUACCUCGCUAUGAAUGGUGCUAUAACAACCCAACACAAGCUAUGGCAAGUUGGAAAAGUCUACCGCAGAGACAAUCCAGUGAUGUCGAAGGGUCGUAUGCGAGAGUUCUCUCAGGCUGAUUUUGAUAUCUCGGGAGUAUGGGACCCCAUGCUUCCUGACGCUGAGCUAAUUAGCCUGCUAUGUACCAUUCUCACUCGGCUAGAGGUUGGCGACUUCACUGUCAAGGUCAACCACCGAAAACUUCUAGACGGUAUCUUCGAAGUCUGUGGGGUACCUUCCGACAAAAUUCGUACAAUCUCCUCAGCCGUUGACAAGCUUGACAAACUUCCAUGGGCAGAUGUCAAGAAAGAGAUGACUGAAGAGAAGGGACUGGAUCCUGUAGUAGCCGAUAAGAUCGGCGAGUAUGUGAAGCACAAGGGCGGCCCUGAGCUUCUUGAGCUACUGAAGGCAGAUUCAGCCCUCCUCGCGAAUGCCAGCGCCAAGCUAGGUAUCGAUGAAAUGGAGCUACUCUUCAAAUAUCUCGACGCGUACAAAGUCAUGAACAAGAUCUCAUUCGAUAUGUCCUUGGCCCGUGGUUUGGACUACUACACGGGUAUUAUAUACGAAGCAAUCACAGAAGCCUCCGCGCCGCCAGGUUUCGAGGCUGCGAACGCCUUUGCAUCGUCCUCCACCAUUGCUACAUCUUCAGCACAGACUCACGCACCUACACCACCCAAGAAGAAGUCCAAGAAGCCCGCGGCUGAGGGUGAGGAAGAAGAGGUCGAUGAAUCACAAGUUGGUGUCGGUUCUAUCGCAGCUGGUGGCAGAUACGACAACCUAGUCGGCCUCUUUACCUCAGCUGCGGCUGCUGAGGGCAAGAAGGCUCCCCAGCUUCCUUGCGUCGGUGUCAGUAUCGGGAUGGAUCGAAUCUUUGCGAUCGUCUGGCCAAAGUGGGUUGAACGGGGUAUGAGGAGUAAAGAGACCAUGGCGUAUGUCAUGGCAGCUGGAGAUGGGCUAAUAGCGGAACGUAUCCGACUCGUACAGGAGUUGCGUGAAGCUGGUAUUAAGGUCUGUUACGCUCACUUCUGGUCAACACAGGCAAUUGACGUUGUUUUCGUUCCUUAGAGUGACUACCUCUUUAAAAAGAAGCCCAAACUCCCAGCCCAGUUCGCAUCAGGGGAGCGAGAUGAAGCGCCUUUCGCUAUUAUCCUUGGUGGCGACGAGUUGAAGGAAGGUCUUGUUACUGUCAAGGAACAGAAGUGGGAAUUUGUGAACGGAGAGAAGAGGAAGAUUCAGUCUUCUGAUCAAGGCACGAAAGUCAAACGAGCCGAGUUGAUUGACUGGUUGAAGAACACAACUGCGUUCAAGGAGUGGCACAACGGGAAGCUUAUAGAUGUAUGAUCACUGUAUAUAACCCCAUCCACUGCAUUGUAUAGAUCUUCCUGAAGCUGCUCCAUAUUAUUUCCCAUUCCUCGAUAUCACAAACUGUAGAAGUGAAUGCUGAUCCAAAAUUGAGUGUAGUAUACAAGUCCCGCGACGUCUUUGUACGUCUUGUAUCCGAUUCUUCUAGAUUACUGAACAAGGCACACAUAGUAACUUAAUCUUCAUCCGAUCCUGACCCAGAGCCGGGCUCUCCUUCGGAAU